CCAACACCCAGAGACCCAGACGGAGGAAGGGAGAAAGACAAUAUAACACAAGUUAAACAUGUCAAGCUGUGUUAGGAUUCAUUAAGCUACAGCAAAGUGAGGGGAAGGCAUUAGGAAUAAUACUGAAACACCUGGACAACCGCCUGCGUUUGGCUGUUACGUCUGAGUGGGCGGUAUCUUAGAAAAGAAAGUGAAACUGAACAGCAGGAGCAUCAAGGAAGCAUGAUGAAGCUAAACUGAUCGAGGUUCAAGAGAAGAAUCCCGGAGGAGUACCCAUUUUAUUUUCAUUUCAUCAACCACUGAUGUCGGGUGGUCCUUACCGCGGUUGACUCCAGUGUUCGGGUUAUGAUUAAAUGAGUUCGGAGCUGAGAGUCGACCUGUCAAACGGGUUGGCGUCAUUUUAAUCAAUUUUGUUCUCAAACAUUCCCUUAACAAUGAUUCCAGUCGGGUUUUUAGUGCUGCUGGCUUUCAGUAUUCAUCUGGUUGGGUCUCAGCCCUCUCAGAGCUCACAGCAGGUAACGAGUCCCCCCAGUCCCACGGCAGAACCUCUGGGCGAUGGUAAUCUGUCCUUCCCCUGGAGCCGUCUUCGCCUCCCAAGGUACAUUGUUCCUCUUCACUACCACCUGCUUCUGCACCCCAACCUCACAACUCUGAGCUUCACUGGCACCGUGCAGAUCCAGAUCGAUGUCCAGAACAAUACAAACUGGGUUGUUUUACACAGCAAGGGUCUUCAAAUCUCUAAGGCCACAAUUUUAGACCAGAACCUUAAUCAUCUGUCUGAUCAGGUUCUUCCAGUUCUUCACAACCCUUCCCACGAGCAAAUAGGCAUUUUUUCUCCAAGGGUUCUCAGCAGCGGCCAGAAGUAUUUCUUGUACAUGGAGUUUGAAGCAGAGCUAGCAGAGGGAUUUUACGGUUUCUAUAAAAGCACCUACAGAACCAGUGAAGGCGAGACCAGAUUCCUAGCUUCCACUCACUUUGAACCCACAAGCGCUCGAAUGGCAUUUCCUUGUUUCGACGAGCCGAGCUUCAAAGCCAAUUUCUCUGUGAGGAUCAGGAGGAGCCGGGACUACAUUUCUCUCUCCAACAUGCCAGUAAUCAAGACAGUACAACUGAAUGGUGACCUUCUUGAAGAUCAGUUCGCCCCGAGCGUAAUGAUGAGCACGUACCUUGUAGCUUUCAUCGUUUGUGACUUCAAGUCUGUCAGUGCAAUGACUUCGUCUGGAGUGAAGGUUUCCAUCUAUGCUGUGCCUGAGAAGUGGAUGCAAACCCACUACGCUUUGGAGGUAGCUGUUAAAAUGCUGGACUUCUAUGAGGAGUACUUCAACAUUCGUUAUCCUUUGCCCAAACAAGAUCUGAUUGCCAUUCCAGACUUCCAGUCUGGUGCGAUGGAAAACUGGGGCCUGACCACCUACAGAGAGACCAGCCUUCUCUAUGACCCCCUCACAUCCUCCAUUUCUGAUAAACUUUGGGUUACUAUGGUCAUUGGUCAUGAACUUGCCCAUCAGUGGUUUGGGAACUUGGUAACCAUGGACUGGUGGAACGACAUCUGGCUGAAUGAAGGAUUUGCCAGAUACAUGGAAUACAUUUCCGUGGAGGCCACCUACCCUGACCUCAAAGUGACAUGUUCAGAAGAUGACUUUACCUCAGCCAAACACUGUUACAGCAGUGACCAGGCCCCCAAGAACGCAUAUCUGUUUGCAGGGGAACACCUCAACCUGACAGCCAUGAUGAACACUUGGACUUUACAGAAAGGGAUUCCUCUGGUGACUGUAACCAGGAAGGGGCCUCGUCUGCUUCUUCGACAGGAUCGAUUUCUGAGGACAGUUCAUCCCUCUGAUCCUCAGUGGCAAGCUGUGCAACAGGGCUUCCUGUGGCAUAUUCCUCUGACAUACAAGACUGAUAUUUCCAGCACCAUCCACAGACAUAUGAUGACUUCUCCCACAGACAGUGUACACAUAGGAGAAGAAGCCAGCUGGGUGAAAAUAAACUCAGAUAUGACCGGCUAUUACGUGGUUCAUUAUGCUGAUGAUGGUUGGGAUGUGAUGGCUAAACUACUGCGGGAAAAUCACACAGCUCUGAGCUACAAGGACAGGACUCACUUGAUACACAAUGCAUUUCAGCUGGUCACAGCGGGGCACCUCCCACUUAACAAAGCUUUGGACCUGAUUGGUUAUCUGCAACUUGAGAAACACACAGUGCCUCUCCUUCAAGGACUGGCUUAUCUGGAAGUUUUCUACCACAUUAUCGAGAAGAGAGAUGAGCCCACUUUAACUAAAAACCUGGAAAAGUACAUCCUGCAGUUUUUCCGUGCCGUCAUCGACCAGCAGACAUGGAGUGACAGCGGCACUGUGUCUGAGCGACGCCUGAGGUCGGAGGUCCUGUCUCUGGCUUGUCACCUGGAAUACCCACCGUGUCUGGAGCGUGCAAACCAACAUUUCAAAGACUGGCUCCAUUCCAACGGAACAUUAAACUUACCUACAGAUGUGGCAGAGACAGUGUUCUCAGUGGGGGCUCAGGAUGACCAUGGCUGGACCUCGCUCCUAAACACGUACAAGAUUUCCCUCUCUGAAGCGCAGAAAAAUAAGAUCCUCUUUGCUUUGUCAACGACCAAAGACACAGACAAGCUGCAAAGACUGCUGGCAAUGGGUCUGGAAGGAGAGGUGAUCCGAUCACAGGACCUGUCUCAUGUUGUUUGGAUGGUGGCCCGUAAUCCAAAGGGACUUUAUCUCGCCUGGAACUUUGUCAAACAGAACUGGGACACAUUGGUUGAAAAGUUUCAGUUAGGCUCCUCCUGCAUCAGGACCAUGAUUGUUGGGACCACAGGGCAGUUUUCAUCUCCAGAGGAGCUCACUGAAGUGCAGUUGUUUUUUGAAUCCAUCAAAGAGCAGUCUUCUCAGCUGAGAGCAACACAACUUGCCUUGGAAAAUGUGCAGAAGAAUAUUCGCUGGGUUCAGAGGAACUUGGAAACACUGAGAAACUGGCUGAAUGAGCAGAUGAAAUGACAGCUAUCUGGGGAGAAAAAAAGCAUCAAAUAUUUUUGAGAAUUUUUGAAAGUGAAACCUAUAUUUUAGGUAAUGAAACAGUUUUGUAAAUGGGAAAUUGUAAAUGUCUGGAAUGUUUUUUGUUAGAGUAAAAGAGUUAUAUGGGAGAUGACAGGAUGUGGGUAUCAUGGACUUUUUGUUGUCAUUGUGUUUCAAAGAGAAAGCAAAGUUAAUUAUUAGAAAAUAAAUGGA